AUGAAAACGCCGAACGGUUCACCGGUUUCUAGUCCAUCUCCGAAACCUCGUCAACUCCGAACCCGCGAAUCAAGUUCACGGUUUCUCCCUUCACCUCCCAACUCAACCACACACUCCGCAGAAUGCCACUCCCCGGUCCGCCGCAAAUCCUCCAGCCCAAACCGGCGCCAUGCAAUCACGGAGGACCCGGGUCCCACGCGCCACCAACUAUGGCCUUCGUCUGCGGUGACGAAGAGAAACUCCGGUACUCUCGCCGACCACAUCACCGAAGACAGAAUCAUAGAGGGCACAACUAAUACACCCAUCAGCAUUGGUGGCUCUGCGAGACACGUGGCGAAAUUAGCAACACCUUCGGAAUCACCAUCUUCUAAGAGACCCGUUUACAGCAACAUGGCUCCUGGAAGAUUGUUGCUGGACGAGAACGCCAAGUCCUUCUCUUCGCGGAGACACUCGUGUUCUUCUAGAAACUCUAUCGAUUCAGAACCUGACGCGGGAAAAACAACACCGAGAAAAGCUGACAUGGAGGUUGAACAUUCGAGUGUUGCAACAACAACGUUGAGAAGGCCUCGAAGGGGAACUUCAGAUUCCAAUAUUGCGAACAUGAACGGUGACUCGUCGGCUGUGAAACGCUUCACGUUGAAAACGGCUAUUAGGAGGGCUAAUUCGCUUGCUGGAUCGUACAAGAGUUCGAAGUCUUCGUGGGCUUUGUCUCCUGGGAGAGCGGAGUCGCCGGCUAUGUCGGUCGAGAGCAUGGAUAGACCGAUGUCGUUUUCGGGCUUCAAACACCAUCCCACUAGUCCUACUACCAAGGUGAAAGGGGUGGAGAAGUUGCUCAACAUGGGUUUUGAUCUUUUCAAGAGUAAGAAAAGUGGUGGGUUUGGGUCUCUUUCGCCCAUUGGUUUUGGUGUUAGCUCGGAGGUUGUUCAUAAGCUUCGUUUGUUUGAUAAUCGGUUGAUGCAAUGGCGGUUUGCAAAUGCUAGAGCCCAGGUUGUGAAUGGAACCAUUUCUCACAAGGCUGAGAGCAAUUUGACAUGUGUUUGGGAUGCUCUCACAAAGAUACAGCGUUCUGUUCUGAAAAAGAAGAUGCAAUUUGUCAGAGAAAAGCUUGAAAUGAAGGUCGCUUUUGUUCUGUAUUCUCAGAUGAAGCUGUUAGAAUCAUGGGUAGGUAUGGAAAGGCAACACUUACAAGCAAUAACCGCCAUCAAAGAGUGUCUGCAUUCGGUUGUUUGCAGAGUUCCUCUUUUGGAAGGUGCUAAGGUGAACAUGCAAUCAACAUCUAUUGCUCUACGGCAGGCAACUGAUCUCACGGCUCGCAUCAAGUCAAUUUUUACUACUUUAUCAUCUCCCGAGGUUGAUAAGAUUACUGCGACGCUAUCGGAAUUAGCAAAAGUUGUAGCACAAGAGAAACAACUCCUAGAAGAGUUCUAUGAUAUUUUCCAGGCCAUAUAUGUCUUUGAGGUUCAAGAAAGAAGUGUAAAGUGCAAUCUCGUUCAACUAGAAGUCUGGCAGAAAAUCAUAUGA